AUGACCGCAGCAACGAAAGCCACAAUCUUCGCCAACGGCAAAUUCUUCCAGAGUGGCGAGUCGCGUUUUCAACAACACUUUCACGACACCCUCGUAGUCCAGGACGGCAAGAUUGCAUACCUCGGCAAUGGGGACGCUGCUGAGAUCCAAUCUUUCCGAGAGGCUGGCAGUGAGGUGAAAGAUCUCGGCGGACGACAUGUACUUCCUGGCUUCAUCGACGGGCACAUGCACUUUUUGUUGCUGGGUCAGACGCUCAACAAAGUGAAGCUAGACGGAUGUGAAAGUUUAGCGGAUAUCCGGGCUCAAAUCACGCUGUACGCAAAGGAGCAUCCGGAAAAAGAUCGCAUCUUGUGUUCAGGAUGGAUGCACUAUAUGACGGAUGGUCAGGCAAAUGCGAGCAUGCUGGAUGAUCUAGACCCAAGGCCCAUAUACAUUGACUCGAAAGAUCUCCACUCGUGCUGGUGCAACAGCGCAGCGUUGAAGGAGAUGGGCGUUCAGGGGAUGGAGAACCCAGCGGGAGGAAAGAUUGAGCGAGAUGCGGACGGUAAAGCGACAGGCCUUCUCAGCGAGGCAUGCAUUAUCCUGAUUGUAUGGCCGUACCUGGCACAGGUCCUGCCACUUGAAGAUAAGAUGGCGGCACUUCAGGCAGCGAUCAAUGGAUAUCACGCUGUCGGAACUACAGGCUGCAUCGAUAUGGCCAUGGAGGAUCCUGCAUGGGACGCAAUUCUAGCACUUCGAAAAGCUCACGGCGGCUCAUUGCCUAUUCGCGUAGCUGCGCAUUGGAUCAUCAUGCCGGGUGAUGGGGAAGAGCAUCGGUUGCGACAGGUCGCCCGCGCAAUCGAAUUGAACAAGCAAUACAACGAAGAGACUGACCCGGAUCUGCGCAUUGUUGGUAUUAAGCUCAUUACAGAUGGUAUCGUAGAUGCUUGUACAGCAGCAUUGUCCAAGCCAUACACUUCGAACAUGCACUUUGAAGGCCCGAUCUGGACUCCCGAGAUGCUCGACCCAGUCAUAAAGAUGGCGAUUGAUGCAGGCCUACAGUGUGCUGUGCAUGCAAUCGGUGAUCAGGCCGUACACAACGCCAUCAACGUUCUCGAGAAGUACGGAAAGCCAGGUCAACGCCACCGAAUCGAGCACCUUGAGGUCACGGCACCAGAAGACGCCAAACGACUUGGAAAGCUCGGAAUUACAGCAAGCAUUCAGCCAGUACAUUCCGACCCGUCUAUUCUGAGAGCGUGGCCGAAGUUGAUUGGUCCUGAACGCUUGAAGCGUGCAUUUGCAUACUCUGAGUUCGCAGAUCACGGAGCUCUUCUGGCUAUUGGUUCUGACUCGCCAACUGCACCUCAAGCAACACUACCAAACCUAUACGUGGCGACUACACGCAAGUCUGCAAGACAGCCAGAUGCCAAUGAUGCGCCCGUUAACGAGAACUUCGUACUCGGGUUGGCCCAGGCCGUGACUGCAGCGACAAGUGGCGUGGCAUAUUCGUGCUUUGCGGAAGACCGGGUUGGAAGCUUGGAGGUAGGCAAGAUGGCAGAUUUUACUGUGGUGGACAUGGAAUGGAAGGGCGAAGAAUUGCUCAAAGCGAGCAUCAAGGAGACAUGGUUCGAAGGCAAGAAAGUUUAUGAAGCUUAAAGUGUAGUCGAGUCUUCGGAGCCAAAAGAAGUUCCCUCCUGCAUGGUAUACACUCCUUAGACUAUAUUCUCACUCGUUUGCAC